AGAUGGACGCCAUUUUGAACACACAUCACUAACAUGCAUGUAAACCCCCAGCGACCUCUCGACGCAGCGCCGCCGAAAACAACAACGCCUGCCUCGGUCAUCAGAGACGCUUCAACCGCUUCUUCGGUGUUGUUUUCUACCUGCCUGCCCCCAUCUUUUCUUCUUACGCUGGUGGUGGUGGUGGUGGUGGUGGCGGCGGCGGCGGCGGCGGAUACACGCUACACGGUGCUGGCUGGCGGAGGCUUCUUCCGCUGGAGGGGACCGGAGAGGCCUGCGGCCGGUUUGAUCCCCGGACUAAUGGUUUGGACGGACUUAGAGUGUUGAUGAACCAGGCGGGGGACCUCCGGGCUGUGUUUAUAAACGGAACAUGUCUUUCUCAUGGAUGACUUGUUCACUUCUUCUGGGAACUUUGUGCGCAGGGUACAGUCUAGGCGAGGCCGAGACCCGGGAGUGCGUCUUCUACAAUGACAACUGGCGCGCAGAGAAGACCAACCAGAGCGGCUUUGAGCGCUGCGAUGACAAGGACAAGGACAAAGACAAGCGGCUGCACUGCUACGCCUCCUGGCUCAACUCCUCAGGGACCAUCAAGCUGGUGAAGAAAGGUUGCUGGCUCGACGACUUCAACUGCUAUGACAGGCAAGAAUGCGUCUCCAUGGAUGAGAACCCUCAGGUCUUCUUCUGCUGCUGCGAGGGCAACUACUGCAAUGAGCGCUUCACCCACCUCCCUGACAUGAUUGGCACUGGCAACCGAGUCAAAAUCCGGCCUCCACCCAGAGUGCCAUCCAUGCUCAAUGUGCUGGUCUACUCCCUGCUACCUCUCUGCGUGCUCUCCCUGGCAAUCAUCCUGGCUUUGUGGAUGUACCGCCACCGCAAGCCCCCCUACGGCCAUGUGGACCUCAGUGAGGACCCUGGACCCACUCCUCCCUCCCCCCUGGUGGGUCUGAAACCCCUGCAUCUUCUGGAAAUCAAAGCGAGGGGUCGCUUCGGUUGCGUUUGGAAAGCCCAGCUCAUGAGCGAAUACGUUGCUGUCAAGAUCUUCCCGGUGCAGGAUAAGCAGUCGUGGCAAAACGAGCGUGACAUAUUCCUGACGGCGGGCAUGCGGCACGAGAACAUCCUGCGCUACAUCGCUGCUGAGAAGCAUGGAGCUAAUUUGGAGACGGAGUUGUGGCUCAUCACAGAGUUUCACGAAAGGGGAUCGCUGACUGAUCACUUGAAGGGCAACACUGUGACCUGGGGCGAGCUGUGUCACAUAGCCGAGACUAUGUCCCGUGGCUUGGCCUACCUCCAUGAGGACAUUCCGAGCUACAAGGGGGAAGCACUCAAACCCACCAUUGCGCACAGGGAUUUCAAGAGUAAGAAUGUGAUGCUCCGAGAUGACCUGACUGCAGUCAUCGGAGACUUUGGGCUCGCUGUCCGCUUCGAACCAGGAAAACCUCCAGGAGACACUCACGGCCAGGUGGGCACAAGGCGCUACAUGGCUCCCGAGGUGCUGGAGGGAGCCAUCAACUUCCAGCGUGACUCCUUCCUGAGGAUCGACAUGUACGCCAUGGGCUUGGUGCUGUGGGAGCUUGUGUCUCGCUGCACCGAGACGGACGGUACCGUCGGCGAGUACAUGCUGCCGUUUGAGGACGAAAUAGGCCAGCAUCCAUCCCUGGAGGACCUGCAGGAUGUGGUCGUGCACAAGAAAAUGCGUCCAGUCAUCAAGGACUGCUGGCACAAACUUCCUGGUCUGAGCCAGCUGUGCGAGACCAUUGAGGAAUGCUGGGACCACGACGCCGAGGCCCGCCUGUCGGCCGGCUGCGUGGAGGAGCGCAUUGGCCAGAUUGCCAGGACCACCGGCAGCACUACCUCAGACGGCCCCGUCUCCAUCGUGACGUCGCUCACCAACGAGGACCUACCUCCCAAAGAGUCCAGUACCUGAACGGGGACGGCGACGGCGGGUACCAUCUUUUGCCUCCUGAGCUCCUUUUUUUUUUUUUUUUUUUUUUUUUGUUUGUUCAACCCAAACUCAGUGGAUCUCCGUGAAUAUUUAAUAAUAACAUAGAAGAGGAAAAAAACGACUAUCAAAUUGUGAAUGCAGCUGCUAUUUUAUCCCAAUACUUGUAUUUUUUAUUUUAUUUUUAUUUUUUUACGUCUUACUAACACAUCCUUCUGCUGUAGUUGGGAAGUAGUAUAAGCUAUGCGACGGGCAACACUACAUGUCGUCAUUACCUCAUGAAUUUAUUUGUGUCAGUCUCGUUUUUUUCCUUUAAUUACCUCAUGAGUUUUUAUGUUUGUUUUUUUACGUCCUCCCCCUGUGUGGUCAUGAGCAGCCAAAUGAACGAAACUCUUCAGCUCCAAACCUCGGGAGGAUGCGUUUUUUUGAGACUGUUUAGACAAAAUAUAUUCAUCUUCCUCAGGGGUCGAAGCUUCUCCGAUUUUUCAAACUCUGGUGUGCUCCUUUAUUUUAAACCUGUGAAUGCCUCCCUCCCAACAGAAUAGAAAAGAGAAACAGAAAAUAAUGGAGCACAGUGGUUUUUAUGGAGCUAAAUAGGUGCUGAGCAUUGGUAUUAUUGUUCUAAUUAUUAUUAUUAAGACAUUUGGACUUGUUGGCGAUGUCGGGGGCACGUGUGUUGCUCCCUCGGGGAACUACCUCUCUCAGGUAUCCAAUAGGCUUCUGUAGGAGCUUUUUCCUCCAAGCGGAGAGUCAAGCUAACUGUCACGGAAAUGUCUCGGAUGAUGUAUUGAUUUUUCAUUUGUUGCGUUUGUUGCGUAGAAAUUCACACUUACUCCUUUGCCAGUGCUGGUGGCAUUGACCAAUGCUGUCUGGAGUUGCAAUGUUACACAUUCUUCAGUUUUACUCUGCGUGUGUGAGACCAUUGAAUGAAUGUACUGUUAAGUCAAUAAUGAGUCAUAGCAUGGAUACAUUUACAGUUUUUAUUUGGUGAAUGGGUAUUUAUUUACUUUUAGCUGGUUAUGACAAAGAGGCAAAGGUCUUUAAGAUGUGUUACGAGAUUUUAAUGUAGAUACUUCCAUACGUUAUUUUCACAAAAAGUUCCAACAUAUUGAUCAGUAAGGCAUAGCCAGCGUUGUACCUUUAUACAGUAGAUAAUUACAAUGGUCUACAUCAGUGGUUCCCAAACUUGGUAGUCGUGUACCCCUUCAUUUGACAUUUGAUCUGAAGCCGUAUAUCCCUUUUUUUUAUCUUAACGUGAAAUAUUGAACAUAAUUAAUUGGUUAAAUAAUUUUAUAGUACUUAAAGGUCAAACAUUUAGUUUUACAUGAACACUGUCAUCAUCCUACAUAUCUUUUAUUGCACUUUGAAGUUGGCAUCCUUUCCCCUAAAAUCAGAACGCCAAUAUACAGUAAAUGAAGUCUUCAAGAUUAAACACCCGCAUUGCACAAAAUAAUCAUCAAACUUACUUAUUUGUUCAUAUAACGCACACAAAGCAAUGAACAACUUCAUGCUCUGUCUCCUUUCUGCUCCGUCCUCCUUGCGCUGUGAGGCAUUCAGGCGCACUCAUAAUUGCGAGUGCUAAUUGUUUUUCAUUUUUAUUUCAUUUUAUUUCAUUUUUUACCUCCCAUGACAAUUGGUGCACCCCUGUGGAUACGCGUAACCCAAUUUGGAAACCAAGGUCUACAAUAUGGUAGCAGUCAACAGGAUGUUGGAGAAAAACAUCCAGAUAAAAUCAAGGAUAUUUAUAAUUCUAUAAAAUUAAUUGAACUGAAAUAGUUUUUUUUUUUUUUUUUUUUAGGUUUUGGUAUAUAUUUCUGAAACUUUUAACAGAUGUUUUAAUGCCCAAAAUUAUUCCUGAUUGUAUUUAAAUCACAAUCAGGGAUUUGAAUCAUUCUAAACAUUUUUUUAAAUUAAUAUAGCAAAAAAUUUGACUUGCUACUUAUGGUAAAACAUAUUUUUGCAGUCUUUUUAUUUUGUGGUGGUGGUAUUAUCAUUAUUAUUGUUUUUACAUUUUGAAGUGACAACUGUAAAUGAUUCAUUCACACUCAAUACAAGUCCUAGCCAGUAUUUCAAGGUUGUAUUCAAUUUACAGUUUUUUAAACCAAAUAUUAACAAUAGUAUACAUGACAAAAAUAAUCUUUAAAAAUAACAAUAUUGAUCUGGAAAAUGAAGAAAAAAAAUACGGCUUUACUGGUGUAUUUUCAUUUUGUUUUGCCAAUUUAUUUUAGAUUUAUUAAUGAUAUUUUCUUCCAUAUAAAGUCCCAUUUCGAAAAGGAUCAUUUCUAAUCACACUGAGCAAAUCUGAAUGUCUUUUUGGAUAAAGUUUUGCAGCCUUUUACCACUUUUUAUGUCAUUUCCAGGCAAAAUAUAACCACUCACCAACUAAAAAAAAAACAAAAAAAAGUACUUUGUCAACAUUUGUCCAGCAUUUGCAUCAUUGUGGGCUUGACUGUGGCUUUUUUGUGUUUAGAAGUGAGAAUUUUUUUUUUAAUCUUGCAAGCGGCAUACUUGAGCAUAAGCAACAUGUUUGUUUUCAUUUAGUAGUUAUUAUUGUUGUUGUUGUUGUUAUUGUUAUUAUUAUUUUAAUUCUGGCCAUGUGUGGAACAGACUCGCCAGUUUUCUCCCCCUCUUGAUACCUCAGUGUGUGUGUGUGUGUGCGCGCGCGCGUGCGUGUGUGUGUUAGUGAGAGAAAGAGAUGCAAGGAGAGCUCAAACGUUUGCCUUUUAGUCUCCGAUGCAAUGAAGACGUGGGUGGUGGUGCGCUCUGUAUCCUUCUCACGUAAAACAUUGUUGAAUGUCGGUUUUGCUGCUGUGACUAUUCCAGGAUACUCAAGGAUUUGUAUUCUCUGUGGAUAUACACCAUCCAUGACGUGACGUCUUAUGUCCUUGUGUCCUUUGUGUCGUCGAUUUUGUUGAUGAUGAUGGGGUGAGCCCUCAGAUGCUUACUCUCCUCCAGACUGACCUCAGAUAUUCUGACAAAAGUACCUCAGGCUUUUUUUCUACAUGUAUAUCAACCUGUCUUAAAUAUGUUCAUUUUUUUUUUAAAGCUAGUCCUGUCUGUGGAGAUUUUUUUUAUUAUUUCAAUUUCUAUUAUUUGAAAUGUUUUUUUGGUUGUUUUUUUUUAACUACAACCCAACCAGUUGUCACAGUGUUCAUGGUGUGUAUAUAUACUGCUCAAGAAAAAAUAAAGGGAGCACUUAAUCAGUCACGAUGUUAACACACUUCCUUAAAAUCAAACUGUCCACCUAGGAAGCAACACAGAUUGACAAUCAAUUUCACAGGAUGUUGCGCAAAUGGAAUAGACAACAGGUGGACAGCAAGACACCCAAUAAUAAUAAAAAAAAUACAAUUGAUUCCCAUUGAUCAUUUUUGUCUCAUUUUGUUGUCAGCGCAUUCAACUAUGUAAAGAACAAAGUAAUAGAUUAGAAUAUGUCAUUCAUGCAGAUCUAGGAUGUGUUAUUUUUGUGUUCCCGUUAUUUUUUGAGCAGUGUAUAUACAGUAUAUAACUACAAGAAGAGACGCCGAUUGUUGUAAAUAGACGACGUGGACGCUGAAGAGAGGUUGGCAAAAAAAAGAUGGCAGGGAUUUUUCAUGUAACAAAGGGACAACAAAGCCUAUAAUUGGAUACCAUUUAACCCAAAAUGAUUAAUCAAAGUCAUUUUUUAUUUGGUGGAUGAAUUCAUCAUUGAGCUGGAAAUGACACAAGAAAUUGAGAAAAGUUUAUACGCAAUUUCUCAUCUUAUUCAAUCAGACGGUGUGUGCACUUUUAUAAAUACAAAAAAACACUUAAUUUUUUUCCCCCCAUUAUACACACACGUACGUAUGUAAUUAAUUUAAUGAAUCGCGUUAUAAUUAGCGCAAAUAAGGCGCUAAUUAAGGAUAGGUAGUGUCGUGGCCCUGUAGUCACAAGAGUCUGACGCUCUUUUAUAACCUUUCUCUUACCUGAAUACAGCAACAUCGGUGCAAUUCCAACUCCACAUAUGCUCAGUAUCUCCAAAGCAAACGCACGUUUCUGCAGUCCAUCCUCUGAACUACACUUCCUCAUUGUUACCAGACGACCACGAGUUGCAUUCACUGACACCCUGAACAUCGCAGCAACGUCUUUAUUAUGCGUGUACAUAUGUGUGCGCUAAAUAAACAAAAACAAGCAAUAAGUGGAUAUUCAAAUUUUUUACUAGCGUAACUUAUACUGCGGAAGUACAGAAGUCCCAGAGUACUAAAAGCAUGUAUAUUCAUCUUAAACUAGGUGGCUUAAAUGCAACCCAUCGUUUCAUAAAAGUGUGAUUCAAAUGUUCUGCUACUAUGAAAGAGGCCUAACGUUAAUCAAACAGAUUUUAGCGUGAUUCAUAUUUGAAAUUCUUUUGGAGCUGUUAAUGUCCUGUCACUUAUCUUUCUGUUCAUAAAAAACGGUAAAAUGGGUAUUUUUCACACAUUGUGUAAUGCUGAUUAUUAAUGAUUAAGUAAUUUGAAAACUGAUUACUUUGAUUAAAAUGUUUUAUCAUUUGACAGCCCUAAUAUACAUGUAUGUAGAGAUAGUUUAUAAGUAUUCAUAUGCUUUUUUUAAAAUUCAUGUUGUAAAGUGUUUUAAUAGACCAGAAUGUUCUAGAAGGGGAGAGUUUUUCAGUGAGGACUGCAUAUGGAAAAGCCAAAGGAUGCGGGGACCAUUUUGACAUUUUUUUAAAAUUGUAAUAAUACAUUUAAUUAAAAAAAAUAAUUAAAAAAUAUAUACUGUAUAUAUGAUAUACAUUUAAUAAAGUAUCAUUUCAUAAAAAAAAAUGUAAUUUUUUGACAAAAUUUGUUAAAUUAAAAAUACAAGAUAAAAUGGAAAUCGUUUUUAUUUCUUCAUUUUUUUUUCUAAUUAUAUUUUUCCUAGAUGUCAAAGUAUUCAACCCCCUUUCUCAAUACAGGAAUAUCCACUGUUCUAAAUUAGAAUGUGCUGGAUUGUGUCACCAGGAACAACAACAAAAACCAUACAAAACGAGUAUCUUGUGUCGUUUUCAACUAGUAUAUAUACAUCCACCUAGUAAAAAAUGUCAAAUCUUUCCAGGAUGUGAAUAAAAUUGGGCUUAAGUGUCCAUCUCUCAUUUCUGUUUCCAGCACUGGGAGUCAUGGGUGGUGGUGUGUACAGGUCACACUUGUUGUGCGUGUAUCAUCUGAAAGCAAGAAAAAGAAGAUUGCGGUCAUUUUUGACCAGUAUUACCUCCAAUAAUAACCUGCUGAUGUGAUGUUCAGAGCUGUUUGUAGUUUAGGCGCACAGCUUGUGCUUUGAUUCGUGCUGUGGAACCAUGAUGACUUUUUUUUGUAUCAUUUUGUAUCAUUCGUUAAAAAAAAAAAAGCGCAAUUUUUGGGUAAAGGCUGUAAAGAAAAAAUAUCAAGACGCUGUUUUUACGUGUCUGUAAUUGACCUUUUCUAACUCUGGUUGAUUAGAAGCGUUGAUGUGAACAGUGUGUGUAUAUAUAUGAUGAUUAUAUAUAAGAUCCAAGGGUCCAGCAAUAUUUAGAAUACAGCAAUAGUCAUUUCACUAUCAUAUUGGGAAAAGUCAGCAUCCCGUCAGCUGUGAUCCACCACCUCACUCCACCUGGAUGGUAUCUGGUAUCGCACCUGGACGGUACAACACCGCUGUGGGGCAUCCCCACACCUGCACCACAUUGUGCCAGCUUUGUUGCCUCUCCAAAUGCUGUCUUACAAACACACUUCUUCUCUUCUGACCACUUACCUCACGCAUUACCUCGCUAGGAACAACAUGGAGUCAGUCCCCUCUGUAAAACAACAAAUAUGUACAGUAUAUACAGUACAUAUAUAUAUAGUGUCUGUAAUUAAGGUUUUGAUUUUUGAUUUUGAUUUCAAAUAAUUCUCAUGUGUGAGUCCUGUGAAAGCAUUUCCAGACAUCAUAUUUCUCCUGGUGUGAAUGAACUGUUCCCUGUUUACGUGACGACCUGUGUGUGUGUGUGUGUGUGUGUGUGUGUGUGUGUGUGUGCGGUGAUGGCGGCAGCGACGAUGCCGACUUUAUCGGUGAGUUUGAAAAACGCUUAGAAAUAUAAACUAGAGGAGAAUACAUCUUUUUUUGUAUAUGAAAAAUAAAUACACUGAUUUACCUGCACGCCCGCUGAGAAGUUUUUUCAUUUUUUAAGUUUUGAAAGUAUGUUUUGUUGAUCCACAUUUUCAAGUGUCAGUUCAUUAAAAUGUUGUAGCUAAUACUAUGAAUUUUAUUUACAAGAACAGCGCUACAUGUAUAUGUAUACAUAUAUAUAUAUAUACAUAUAUAUAUAUAUAUAUAUAUCAGGCCCGUAACCAGAUUUUUUUCAGGGGGGUGCAAAAAUCAGAGUAAACGGACCUUCAGCAGGGAAAAUUU